AGCAGUCUUAUUUCCUAUUUUUCCUUAUUUUCUGCUGUACAGAUCAGUGCUACCUGUGUUAUAAAUAGAGCUGCAUUUAUAUAUUGUGCUUAGAAUGCUUCUUCUCAGAUCAAAAACUUCAGAUAAACCUCACUGGCUAAAACACAAAUGUACCGAAGCCUAGAUUUCAGUUCAUCUCAACUGCCGGAUAAUACAAAUCCAUUUUCUAAGAGUUACCCAAUUUCAACUGCAACGUAUAACCAAACAAGACAAAUAGUCAACACUUCUUUGUGGCAGGAAUAAUUCAAAUAAAGAUGUGAGGGAAGUCUCAUUCUUAAAGAUUACCAGCUUAAAAAAACAUAAUGUAAGUAAAGUGUUUUGUGUUCCUGAAAUGCCCUGUGUCUAUGGUGAUCAGGUACAGAAAAGUUAUUUCAAGUUCAAAUAUAACUUAGCGAUUGCCACAUGGUGCAGGAUCUUUCCACCCCUGCACUCCAAAAACCCAAUCAGACAAGUGGCCGUAAUCUGACUCCCACUGCGCUGGGAACUUCAGGGCAGGCAAUGAGAGCUGCACUCUGGCUGGGGAAGGCAUGAGUGAUAGACCCGCAGCAAGGCGGUGGGGUAAGUGUGGACCUUUGUGUAGAAGAGACAACAUCAUGGUGGCUUUCAAAGGGGUCUGGACUCAAGCUUUCUGGAAAGCAGUCACCGCGGAAUUCUUGGCCAUGCUUAUUUUUGUCCUCCUCAGCCUGGGAUCCACCAUCAACUGGGGAGGGACGGAAAAGCCUUUACCUGUCGACAUGGUUCUCAUCUCCCUUUGCUUUGGCCUCAGCAUCGCAACCAUGGUGCAGUGCUUCGGCCACAUCAGCGGCGGCCACAUCAACCCUGCGGUGACGGUGGCCAUGCUGUGCACCAGGAAGAUCAGCAUCGCCAAGUCUGUCUUCUACAUCGCAGCCCAGUGCCUGGGGGCCAUCAUUGGCGCAGGAAUUCUCUACCUGGUCACGCCUCCCAGUGUGGUGGGAGGCUUGGGAGUCACCUCGGUUCACGGAAAUCUUACCGCUGGUCACGGUCUCCUGGUGGAGUUGAUAAUCACAUUUCAGCUAGUGUUUACUAUUUUUGCCAGCUGUGAUUCCAAACGGACUGAUGUCACUGGUUCAAUAGCUCUAGCAAUUGGAUUUUCUGUUGCAAUUGGACAUUUAUUUGCAAUCAAUUAUACUGGUGCCAGCAUGAAUCCUGCCCGAUCCUUUGGACCAGCAGUUAUCAUGGGAAAUUGGGAAAACCACUGGAUAUAUUGGGUUGGACCAAUCAUAGGAGCUGUCCUCGCUGGUGGCCUCUACGAGUAUGUCUUCUGUCCAGAUGUCGAACUCAAACGUCGUUUCAAAGAAGCCUUCAGCAAAGCUGCCCAGCAAACAAAAGGGAGCUACAUGGAGGUGGAGGACAACAGGAGUCAGGUAGAGACGGAAGACUUGAUUCUAAAACCUGGAGUGGUGCACGUAAUUGACAUUGACCGGGCAGAGGAGAAGAAGGGGAAAGACCAGUCGGGAGAGGUGUUGUCCUCCGUAUGACUAGGAGACAGCACUGAAAGCAGACGAGACCCCUUAGAACUGUCCUCAGAUUUCCUUCCACCCAUUAAGGAAACAGAUUUAUUAUAAAUUAGACAUGUGCAGGUUUGUUAUUUCAUGUCAUAUUACUCAGUCUAAACAGUAAACAUUUCGUUAUUUACCAAGGAGGAAAGGAAAAAACUUACUGUGAAUUUCAAACCU